AUGCCGACAUGUCUGGUCUACUCUCUUAGACCAUCCUUUCUUCCCUCGGUCUCUUACCGCUACCGUGAUGUUCUUUCAUUUCCUAAGACUGUUGCCGUUCAUCUCAGUCGCGGACGAAUUACUCCAUGGGCAGCCCUCUCAACAGCUACACCUGCGGCAGUGAAACCCGAUGACGGCUCUGUUGCCUACCAGCACACUUUGACUGUCCUGCACAAGACUAGGUCUUUACUUCCACGUAUCUUUCCGUCGGGGCAACAGAGCGUACCUGGGAUUGAAUCCCUUGAGUUCUGGCAUGAACUUUUAGCCAGCGCAUACAAUGAUUUAUCUCCGACUCGGGCAAAUGUCAUUCGUAUAGCGGUGUACGGGUGUGAUGACUUCUCUGGAGCCCAAGAGUUGGUCACAGCUCUCUUGGAGGAGCCUUUCGCGUCCGAAUCACAGAAGGAGAGCGUCCGGACUCGAUGGAAGUCGAUGCCCGACGACAGAGGCAGCAUGAUUAUCCAAGAUGCUCCAUCACCGGCCUCUGGUAGCCUCAGCAUUCAUUCCUCUUGGUUACAGCGAUUUGGCGUCCCGAUCCAAGUAUUGGAGCUGAGACCUCCUACACAUGAUCCGUGGUCUUUUGGAGAUCUCUCUACGUCGAAGGCGCUGCUUGCGGCCGAUGUUCCCAUCGUCGUGUGUAAUCCCACUUCUACACCGCUCCCUUCCCUUCUGUCUUCACCCUCGAGUUCCCCUCUGAAUCAUCCCAAUGCCAUUCUAGUGGUGACAUCGCCUAUUCCCUCGGUAGCACUUUCGCGGCAUGUGCAGUCCCUCCGUAGUUACGGCGCACCGACGCUGUUCAUCGACGCGGCCCGUGCACUCACUGCCCUUCGAGUUAUCAGUGUAGAGCCCUCCUCUCCCGUCGCCGUGCAGAAAUAUCAGAACGAAUUCGAAGGAUCCAACCUAUCAAGUCUGACAGAGACAAUUGCCAGUGUCAUAGCAUCCAAAAGUGCAGCAUCCAACGUUGUCGCUGCCAUACAUGCGCAAACAGCCCGAGCGCUCAUUCAAGACUCACUGUCUGCGUGCCAUUCAACACUGGAACGAGCCGUGCGUGGAGUGGAUGAAAUAUCAGAAAGAGUGAGUACACUGGAGGAUCGAGUGGAAGAGGCUAGGGCAAGGGUAGGCCUAGAGGUAUUUGGCGCCCCAGGAGGAAAGAAUGGUGAGGAGGACGAGAUUCAAAGAGCUGUGAACGUCGCGAAGAGAGACGUCGAGCGGGUCAUGAAUGACUUGACGUGGUGGAGGCUACUAUGGAGGGUCGACGAUGUGAGAGAGAUUGUCGGUGGUGCAAUUGACAGGGCGUGGUGCAAGGAUCUAGAGAUGAAGCUCACGUUCCAUGCCGGACGCCUCGCCGCUCUUCAGCAGUCACUGACAACGUCCAGCAUGGCGCUGCUUGCGUCUUUGCCUUCACCUUCGCCAUUCUGCUCUCCAGUCCUCCAGAACACUCUAUCACAACUUGUCUCUGCUCCUGCCUAUCCCCUGGAUGCUGCAGCAUUUACCGCGCCCUUACAUUCGCGGCGGCAUCAGCUGAGGUUCCCCACGGCAAGGUUGCACUCAGCAGCUCAGCAGACCGUGCUGGGAAUGGUCGGCAGUACUUUCGCGGGGCUAGGUGUCGCCUGGGCUGGUUGGGCCGGUCAGCUCGGACUCUUUGACAUGGGUAUGCAGAUGGAAACCGCAAUUGCCGUCGGAAUGCUGGGUGCGGUCGCAGGAGUGAGGUGGGCUGCAGGCCGUUUCGAGAAGGCCAAGAAAAGGUGGUGGCAGGAUUGGGAUAGGGUGGGAGAAGGUCUUGCGAGGGAUCUCAAAACAACGUUGAGCCGGACAAUGGACGAUCGAGUGCUUAUUGUUUCAAAAACAGCCUGUUCCGGGCUGGAACAGCUGGCUGCGGAAAGGCGAGAUAAAAUAGAUGAGUUAAAAUACGAAGUGACCGUGUUGGAAGAGGAAUUGCAGCGGUCUAACUGA